GAUAUACAUCCUCAAACAUUCUCAUUUAUUUGCAGGGUGUCGUUAAGCAAUGUCUGGAACGGCCCCUAAAUCCCGCAACAACACAGCUGUCAACAGCAACGAAGCCAUCACUGAGGAGAACAGAAAUGAGGAAAACGCUGAAUUAUCGACAGGAAUAUUUGACCAAAUACGCCAUGACGCAGUGUACAGGAAAAAUAUAAUCAACACAAUAUGUCUUUACUCGUCCUUUGUUGCUAUGAGUUUUGCAAAAGGUCCUGUUGGCCCGUCGUUCCUCGAUCUACAGGCUAUCAGUGGAGUAGGACUUGAGGGCGGCUCGAGUUUUUUCACCACCCUAUAUAUAGGUUAUAUGUUGAGCGCCAUUGUCAGUGGGUAUUUGUUUGAUAAAUUCAAACGAUCGCUUCUGCUGUCCGUCGUCAAGUUUAUACUGGCAUGCACAACCAUUGCCAUACCUUGGUGUUCAUUAUAUUGGCUGAUGAUCAUGGCGUUCUUCUUCCUUGGGGCGAUGGUAGGCGCUACCGACGCAAUCGCAAAUGUCGAAGUUCAGCGUAUUUGGGGUAAAAAUGGUAAACCGUUUAUGCAAGGCCUACAGUUUAUGUACUCAUUUGGAAUCUCCGUGGCGCCACUUGUAGCAAUCGUAUUUAUGAACACUCCACCAAACGUCGAAAUGGAAAAUGCUCUUGAGCAACUAAAUGAAACAACUCUGGAAAGUAACUCGUUCAUUCGAAAUGAAACUGUAUCAUUACAAAAUCGAUCGUCUCAAGCCAGGAAUGACAGUCUAAGUUCUGAAGAAACUACAUUUGUUCGGAGUCCGGAUUUGUACAAAGCAUUUAUUAUUGGAGGUGCAGUAAGUCUAUUUGUCUGCGCAAUGCAGCUAACGUUUUACUUCGUAUUCGACAGACGCCAUAAAACAACCCAGAGAGAAACCUUAACUACAACUCCAGCCAAAUCGAGGCUGCCUUUGUCUCUGCAGGUUCAGGCCAUAUUACAUAUGGCGGGAAUACAGGCUUUGCUUACUGGUAUAGACGAUACUUGGAUCGCAUUUCUUACAGUAUUUUGUGUUAAAAUGUUUGAUUGGACAAAAGCUCAGGGCGCACUGUUAACAUCAGUCAGCAGUUUCGUGGCCGUUGCUGGCAGAUUCAUUGCCAUUUUUCUAGUUCAGCUUAUAUCUCCAAUAAAACUCGUGGGUUUUCACAGCAUAUUAACACUGGCAGUGUUCAUUGGACUUUAUAUAAGUGUUCUACACAACUCGAGCAUGGGCAUGUGGAUUGUGUCUUUGGGUUUUGGAUAUGCCAAAGCUCCCAUUCUCGCUUGUGUAUUCUCUUGGACAGACGAAGUUUUCUUACCUGUGACUGGUCGAAUUGCCUCUAUAUUUCUAGUGUUUUGCACAGCAAGCUCGGCCAGCAAUCCGUUAAUUCUAGGUGUCCUGAUGGACAACUACUCCAACAUGUGGUUUUGCUACCUCUUUCUUGCUGAGAGUAUACUGUUAGUACUUGUGGUAGGGUCGGCGUUAUUAUUGACGAGGCGAGUUAAGGCAACUUACGGCACCAACUACGAAUCUCGAAGAGCAGAAACCAGAGUAACGCAAGUUCUCCUUGAGACUUAGUCUGCAGUCUGUGUAAAAUUGUAUUCGAGACGUAGUAGUAAAACGCAGGUUUUUUCUUGAUUAUUAUCAUCUACAUUAUUGCAGGGAUAUAUUCAAAGACGUUACUGCUUAUAGCUAUACAAACAAGAGGACCAUAGGCCUUAACGGUCGCCUCAGAUUGGUUAUAUUUAAACAUAUUUGACCCAUGUGACCUUGAAUGAAGGUCAAGGUCAUCCCUUUUAUCAAACUUGGUACCCCUUCAUCCCAGCAUGCUACAAACCAAAUAUCAAGUCUUUGGGCACUUAGUUAUAAAGAAGAAGUUGUUUAAAGAUUUCAGCAUAAUUGACCCCUGUGACCUUGAAUGAAGGCCAGUGUCAUCUAUUUGAACAAUUUUUAUAGCACUUUACCUCAGAAUGCUACAAACGCAAUAUCAGGUAUCUGGGCCUCUUGGUUAUCAAGAAGAUAUUAUUUAAACAUUUUGGCAUAUUAAACCCCUGUGAUCUUGAAUGAAUGCCAAGGUUAUCCAUUUGAAGUUUCUUGUUAGCCCUUCAUCCUAGCAUGCUACAGACCUAAUAUUGGGUCUCUGAGCUUUUUGGUUAUCAAGAAGAAGUCGUUUAAAGAUUUAAGCACAUUUGACCCCUGUAACCUUGAAUGAAAGUCAAUGUCAUCUAUUUGAACAGACUUGGUAGCCCUUCAUCCCAACACGCUACUGACCAAAUAUUAGGUAUGUGGGGGCUUUUGUUUAUCAAUAAAAAAAAGCUGUUUAAAGACGUUUAGCAUAUUUGACUCCAUUGACCUUAAAGGGAGGUCACGGUCAUUUAUUUGAACAAACUUGGUAGCCCUUCAUCCCAGCAUACCCUAUAUAUAUCAGUAGCCUGGGCUCUCCAGUUAUCGACAGGAAGUAGUUUGAAGGAAACCUAUUUAUUUGUUGAUUACUUAUUGACAUCAUGUGACAAAUAAAAAAAUA